AUGCUAUGGGAGGUUUGGAAAGCUUGGAAUGCAGCAAAGUUCUCCGGCACCACGCCGUCCAAUCAGGUGUUGCGGGCCCGCAUUGCAUGGUGGCUAAACUAUUUCAACAAGAAGGCUGGGUUAAAGCAGGCUCAACCCCCUAGUAAGAACCGAUCCCUCUAUCCACGGUAUUCUCCCCUCUUCUCCCUCGCGCAAAUCAGCCACCCCAUUUCCAUUGUCAGAUGGCAGCGGCCCCCUGCAGGAUGGGUAAGACUUAAUGUCGAUGGGUCUUCCCUUGGGAACCUAGGCCCAUCAGGUGGUGGGGGUCUCUGCAGAGACAGUUCGGGGGGAUUUCUCUUUGCCUUUGCAAAAGGCUAUGGGACGCCUUCUAACACACAUGCAGAACUCAGAGCCGUUCACGAGGAUUUAUGUCUAUCCCUUUCAAAGGGGUACCAUCAGAUCAUUAUCGAAUCGGAUUUGGAGUUAAUUGUUAGGUUCCUCUCGGGCGCCGCAACCCCUGGGUGGAAUGGCUUUAUUGGAUCGCCAGGAUCAAUGAUCUGGCUGCCUCUGCCAGGGUGA